AUGGCACGUAGCGAUAGCUGGAAGACUGAGCCAGUGGCCAUUGUGGGAACCAGUUGCCGCUUCCCGGGUGGUGCCAACUCUCCAUCAAAGCUUUGGCAGAUUUUGCGUGACCCCCCUGACCUUCAAAAGGAAAUCCCUUCAACCAAGUUCAAUCAGCAAGCAUUCUAUAACAAAGAAGGUAGCCAUCAUGGCGCUUCGAAUGUUACCCACUCGUACGUACUGGACGAGGAUAUAGGCCUGUUCGACCAUGGCUUCUUCAACCUCAAUCCCAAAGAGGCCGAGAGUAUGGAUCCACAACAACGAAUCCUUCUCGAAACAGUCUAUGAAGGCAUCGAGGCAGCUGGAUAUGCCAUGUCAGAUCUUCGUGGAUCGUCAACUGGCGUCUUUGUCGGCCAGAUGACCGACGACUACUACGACAUCCUGAACAAAGACGUGCAGUGCGCUCCGCAAUACACAGCCACAGGGUCAAGCCGAGCUAUUAUUGCCAACCGAGUUUCUUAUUUCUUCGACUGGCGAGGCCCAUCGGUCAACGUUGAUACAGCUUGUUCCUCGAGCUUAGUUGCUCUUCAUCAAGCUGUACAAGCAUUGAGAAGCCGUGAGAUAAGCUUGGCUGUGGCGGCCGGAGUAAAUCUCAUCCUUGGGCCCGAAAAGUAUAUUUACGAAUCCCAAUUAUCUAUGCUUUCGCCUACUGGACGAUCAAGAAUGUGGGACUCGGAGGCGGAUGGUUACGCGCGUGGUGAAGGUUUUGCAGCUGUUAUUCUCAAACCGUUGAGCCAAGCACUGGCUGAUAAUGAUCACAUUGAAUGCAUCAUCAGAGAGACAGGCGUGAACCAGGACGGAAGAUCGGAAGGUCUUACUGUUCCUAGCUCAGAAGCGCAAACUGCACUUGUCCGUUCGACCUACAGUAAAUGUGGUUUGGACUUGGAAAAGACGCAAGAUCGCUGCCAAUUCUUCGAGGCGCAUGGGACGGGGACACAAGCAGGCGAUCCCAAAGAAGCCCGCGCAAUCCGAGAUGCAUUCUUCCCCGGCCAUACCCAAGAGGGCCUGGACAGAGAGGCAUUGUAUGUUGGUUCUAUCAAGACAGUCAUUGGACACCUGGAGGGAGCAGCCGGCCUCGCCGGUUUGCUCAAGGCUGCACUGGCUGUUCAGCAUGGCCAGAUUCCUCCAAAUCUCCACUUCAAUCGUCUCAAUCCAAAGAUUGAACCAUUCUACAAUGGCCUUGAGGUUCCCACUAGGUUGAAGCCCUGGCCAGAACUGCCGCCGGGUUCGCCGCGUAGGGCCAGUGUCAACUCAUUUGGGUUUGGUGGAACAAAUGCGCACGCAAUCAUUGAGAGCUGGGAUCCCGUCGACGCACUUGACUAUGCGGAGGAUCCGAGAAAACACCCGCUAGUCGCGGCUGGCAAUGCCCAGCAACAACAUUGGGGUCCUUUCACACUGUCUGCAGGCUCAGAAAAGGGCCUGACGGAUGUGAUGUCAAGCCUCGCUCAAAUGCUCAAGGCUGAUCCAGGAAUCCAUCUGCAAGACCUGGCGUGGACACUGCAGCUUCGACGAGAACACUUUCCCGUCCGAGCUGCGAUUGCUGCCGUCGAUAGGGAGCAGCUCAUCGAUCGCUUGCUUGACGCCAGCAGCGAUGUGAACGCGCUCUCCGUGCAGUCAUCGAGAGCUAUGAGAGUGUCCGACAAGUACCCGUUACGCAUUUUGGGCAUCUUCACUGGUCAAGGUGCGCAGUGGCCUAGGAUGGGCGCAGAGCUUUACAAGAAUUCCGAAGCCUUUAGAAGGUCCAUCACUGAGCUUCAAGAGUCAUUAGACGACCUCCCAGAUGCUCCCUCAUGGACCCUUGCCUCUGAGCUUCUAGCGUCCGCUGAGAUCUCUCACGUCAAAGUUGCAGAGAUUGCACAGCCCAUCUGCACAGCUGUACAGGUUGCUCUCGUAGAUCUUCUCAAAGCAACCGGCAUCGUUCUUCAUGGAGUCGUUGGGCACUCCUCGGGAGAGAUUGCUGCGGCCUAUGCAGCAGGAUACCUAUCUGCUCGAGAUGCAAUGCGGAUCGCCUAUUAUCGUGGCUUACAUUCCUACCUUGCUUCUUCUCCAAGUGGCCAACCAGGACGGAUGAUGGCUGUUGGGUUAUCUUUUCAAGAUGCGGAGGCCUUCUGCCAGCGUCCUCAAUUUCAAGGUCGCCUCUCUGUCGCUGCAAGCAAUGCUAGAUCAAGUGUUACGAUUUCUGGAGACGCCGAUGCCAUUGGAGAAGCUAAGGAGGCCUUUGACACCGACGAGGUCUUUAAUCGGGCGCUACAAGUAGACAAAGCCUACCACUCACACCAUAUGAAGGCUUGCGCGGGAGCCUACCUCGAUUCAUUGAGAGCCUGUAAUAUAAAGUUGUUGCGAGCCAAGACUGAGUGCGUCUGGUACUCUAGCGUCCAUGGAUCGGCCGGACGAUACACCCAUGAGCCAGAGAAGUUUGCCGACCAGUACUGGGUAGAUAACCUCGUAAAGCCAGUCAUGUUCUCCCAAGCGCUGGAUCGGGCCGUCCAGGAAAGCCAACGGCUUGAUCUCGUGCUUGAGGUCGGACCGCAUCCAGCCCUACGCGGUCCCGCCAGCGAGCUGAUCAAGUCUUUGACGGGUACUUCAGUGCCAUACAUUGGAGUGCUCAAGAGAGGCGGGAAUGACUUGGCUGCUUUUUCCGAGGCUCUUGGUUUUGUAUGGCGACAUGCUCAAGUUGACUCGCCUGGACGGCCCAUACCAGAUUUCGAAGCGUUUGCCCGUGCUUGCCAGCCUAUUGAGACGCCGUUCUGUCCUCAAGUCUGCAAAUCUCUACCGAAAUUCCCGUGGAGCCAUGGAAAGUCGCUUUUAUGGGAAUCACGAACUUCCAAGCUGUGGCGAGGUCGUCAGGAACCAGAACACCAUCUACUGGGGGUGCCUACCGUCAGCGGUAACCGCCGGGAAGUACAUUGGCGCAAGGUCAUGAGGGUGAAAGAGAUGGAAUGGCUACGAGGGCACAAGUUCCAGAACCAGGUGCUUUUCCCCGCAGCAGGUUACGUGUCCAUGGCGGUGGAGGCGGCAUCAUACUUGGUUGCGGACCAGCCCGACAAGACCAAGAUGAUUGAGCUUUCGGACAUGAAGAUCCAUCGAGCAAUUACUCUUUCGGAACAAUCUUCUAUAGGCACCGAAGUUACAUUUGUUAUCCAUGUACGGCAGCAAGAUCCUACUACUACAAUCGCCGAGUAUUCUUGCUUCAGCGUCGAGGCUGAUGCUGGGGUUGACAAGCAGAAUGACUGCAACUUUACUGGAUCCGCAAUCAUAACUACUAGCGACAAUGCCACUCAGACAGUAGACAGUCUACAAUCAUCGAGGAAGGAGCUAGAUCGUCCACUGACACAAGUGAACCUCGACCAGUUCUAUUCAAGCGUCAGUGGCAUCGGCCUUGAUUACUCUGGUGACUUCGUGGCAAACUCCAUUGACAGACGACUCGGCUUCGCUACCGUUUCCAUGUCUCAGAGAUACCGACAUCAUUUGCUCGUAGAUCCUGCUGUGCUUGAUACCUCAUUCCAUGGUGUAUUCUCUGCUUUCUCUUAUCCGCACGACGGGCGUAUGUGGACUGCCUACCUUCCAACCAGCAUUCGCCGCUUCAGAAUCACCUCGGCCCAGCCCUGCGAACAGCAAUCGCACCCGCAAAAGGACUUCAGUGCCGACUGCAUCCUACGCGAGGCCUCUGACAAGGUCAUUUGUGCUGAUGUGAAUAUCUACUCUGGUGCCAGCAACAACACCCUGACCUAUCAGUUGGAGGGCCUAACUUGCACUUCGUUCACCACACAGAGCCCAGAUCAGGAUCGCAAACUCUUCUCUCAUACGGUUUGGAGAAAGGAUAUAUCUUGUGGUAUUGAGAACAACAGAAUAAUCAAUGCAAGCCAUGAUGAUUCGAAGCUGUAUGAGGUUCUAGAGCGAACCUCGUAUUUCUUCUUAAGGAAGCUCAGGGAAGAGAUCUCAGCGCCAGAUAUUGAGAACAUGCCAUGGCAUUACAAGGCCUGUUUGGACUGGGUGUUGAAAAGACUACUACCCAGUAUCGAGAAUGGCCAGCACAGCAGAGUGAAGGCAGAAUGGGCAGUCGAUAAAGAGGAGGACAUCCACACUUGGCGCAGUGCGUUUGGCGACGAGAUUAGCCUCCGCGCCGUGCACGCCAUCGGUCAGGCUUAUCCCGAUAUUGUCCGUGGCAACGUGCCCCCGCUGCAGAUUCUACUAGAAGACGAUGUCCUAAACAGGAUCUACCAAGACUGUAUUGGAGGAAGAACAGCGAACAGUCAGGUUGGUGAGAUUCUAGGGCAACUCGCGCACCGUUAUCCGCAAAUGAACAUCCUCGAGAUCGGUGCCGGGACAGGAGGAACAACCAAAACAGUUCUCAAGUGCCUCAAAUCAAGCUUCGCCUCUUACACUUAUACAGAUAUCUCACCUGGAUUCUUCGAGAAGGCUGCUUCGGCCUUCUCAGCAACCGCUGACAAAAUGAUCUUCAAGACACUUGACAUUGAGCGUGAUCCGGUGGAACAAGGCUACCAGGAGUGCUCAUUCCAUGUCAUUGUAGCGGCCAACGUGCUUCAUGCGACCAAGAACCUUGAGACAACUAUCGCAAAUUGCCGAAGGCUUCUCAAGCCUGGCGGUCGGAUGGUGUUGCUGGAGAUUACGAGUGAAGCUCUGUGGAUUCAGACCAUCUUCUCGUCGCUGCCAGGUUGGUGGCUCGGAGUAGACGAGGGCCGGAUCAACCAUCCCACUGUGCCAAUAGACGAGUGGGACGGGAUCCUGCGUCGAAAUGGUUUCUCUGGGGUUGAUUUCCAAUGUCGUGAUCUUGAAGACGAGGAAAGAUACACAAUGUCCGUCUUCGCAACCGAAGCUUUGGACGAGAGGGUUCAGGUACUUAGGAACCCUCUAUUGAUAGAGCCGAGCCAGUCAUUGGCUCCUAAGCUCGGACACGUCGCUCUCAUUAGCCCUCUAGAUUCAGAGCUUGACGAGAUUGUAGGCGAAAUUACGAAACUUCUGACUCCGUUUGCAACUGGAGUCAUUGUCGCCAAAGGACUCCAAGAUCAGGUCUUGACCCAAGACGCUCUGCCAUUAGGAUGUACCGUCAUCUCGCUCGUCGAUCUUCACGAGUCCACCUUUCUAAACAUGACUGGCUCAAAAUUCGAAGUCCUAAAGAGUAUUUUCAACAAUGCCAAGAAUGUCCUUUGGGCAACCAAAGGGUGCCGGGCCGAGGAUCCCUAUGCCAACAUCAUGGUCGGCCUGGGCCGCUCAGUUAUGCAAGAGCUUACCCAUCUUAACCUUCAAUUCGUGGAUCUGGACGUAUCGGGGACAGAAAAGCCUGCAGUAUUGCUAUCCAAAACCCUGCUGCGCAUGCCAUAUACUGGUGAGCCGGAGUUUGAGGAUGUGGUCUGGUCAAGUGAGACUGAAAUGGUGAUUUCAGACGGCAACACAUACAUUCCAAGAAUUCUACCCCUAGAAGCCCCGAACCAAAGACUCAAUUCGGGCCGGCGUACUAUCCAAACUCAAUUGAGCUUAUCUCAACAGCCAGUUACUCUGAGAAGGGAUCGACGCAGUGGGAUGUGUUGGUUAGAGCAGUCUUCGACCGCUGUGGAAGGAAGUGCAGAAGCUCCUUUCUCUCAGGUUGAGGUGCGCGUUCAUGCCUGCUCCCUUUUCCCGGUAGUCACGAGGGAAGGACAGAAUUAUUUUGUCUGUGUUGGCAAAGAUACUGAGCUACAAAAGACGGUCUUGGCAUUGACACCCACCGACAGCUCCAUUGUCAAAAUUUCAUCCAACAACAUCAUCCAAGUCGUCCAAUCCUCAAUCUCCACAUCUCCUCAAAAAUUGCUCCGAGAAGCUCUGAUACGAAUCAUUUGCGAGGCUGUUGCUAAACCUUUAGCAAAUAUCAAGGGCACAAUCUGGCUACACACUGAUGACGCGUCUGCUGCGGAGAUUGCAUCCAAAGUACUAGCCGGCCAUGGUCUCGAGCUGCUUUGGACAGCUUCAAGCAACGCUCACUUUCGGAUCACGGAAAAUGAUUAUCGGCCUGCUCAGACCCUUCACUCCCUAGUCACAUACAGAGAACUCCUUUCUCAGGUUCCCGAUCAUGUACGGUGUCUCUUGACGCUCGGAGAAGAGCCAAUCGCUGGAUUCAAUGAUCGACUAGCUUCUCGUCUGGACGAAGUUGCUGAGAUAUGUCACUUAACCACCAACACUAGCCGUCAUGGUCGUAUUGCUGUCUCACUCAACCUUGAAGAGGUUCGGGAAAGUAUCAGGACUGCAAUUCAAUCACCAGCUACCGAAUAUUCUGUUAUUGACAGUACUUUCAUGUCCAUCACCCCAGUGGACAAGCUGCCGAUGACCCGGGCAACGGUUCCGCAUAGAGCCGAGCCCCUAGAGAUUGUCGAUUGGAGAAACGUAGAGCAAGCGGCCACCAUCGUAAAGCCCCUGCACACUCAUAGCAUGUUCUCCAACAACAAGACAUACUUCCUUGUGGGUCUCACCGGCGAGCUUGGUCUCGGUCUUUGCAACUGGAUGAUUGACAACGGUGCCCGGCAUUUGGCGCUAUCUAGUCGAAGGCCCAAUGUCGACUCCCGAAUAUUGGACGAGUGGAAGAGCAAGAACGCUAAUGUCCGGAUAUUCACACUCGAUGUCACGAAUGAGAAGAUGCUCCACGAUGUUCGCCAACAGAUUGUUGAUACAAUGCCCCCGAUUGGUGGUGUCAUGAACGGCGCUAUGGUGCUUCGGGACAGAUUGUUCAGUACCAUGACCGAGGAGGACUUUGCCGCCGUCCUGGGCCCCAAAGUACAAGGCAGCGAGUAUCUCGACCGUGCCUUUCACUCGGAUCCUCUCGAAUUCUUCAUCCUCUUCUCGUCUUUAUCCCGAGUUAUCGGGAACCCUGGGCAGUCCAACUACGCUGCGGCAAACAUGUUCAUGGCCAGCCUGGCAUCAAAACGCAGAGCACGCGGUGUAUCUGCCUCGGUUAUCGACAUUGCUAUGCUUGUAGGUUUUGGGUGGAUGUGGCGCAAUGCAGACGAUAUUCUGGAGGCUCAGAUGAAGGCGGCAGCCUACAUGUGUAUCUCUGAGCCAGAGUUCCAUACUAUAAUGGCCGAGGCUAUUGAGGCCGGGAAGCCCAACAAAGACCUCGAUCCAGAGAUACACACAGGUCUCGCCAUUUCCAAUACGGCGAGCUGGAAGCGGUUCCCUCGUUUCUCGCACUAUGUGCUUUCUGAAAAUGAUGGCGUCGCCGCCAAGGAAACGAGCGCCGUACCUGACAAGACAAUCCGACAGCUCAUAUCGGAAGCAGCCAGUGAUGAUGAUAUUAUAACAGCGCUGGAGGUAGCACUCUCGCGUAAAUUACGCUUGAUACUUCAGCUAGCCGACACUGGCUCACCUUUGGACCCCAAGACGGCCUUGCUCUCGCUGGGCAUUGACUCCUUGGUCGCCGUAGAGUUACGGUCUUGGUUCCUCAAGGAGCUUGCUGUCGAUGUGCCGACUCUGAGGAUUCUCAGCGAUGCCACCAUUGCCGAUAUCAGUAUCGAAGUCAAGUCGAAGCUCGAUAUUCCUAGAGCAGAACCAAAAGCAGUUUCCCCAGAAGCCAACAAUAAUGCAGUGGUAAAGGAGCCGGGGUUGUCUCGCCCCGAGUCUGACGCUCCAACAAUCACUGUUGAGACUGAUAACCUGACGCCGGCCUCCACUCCACGGGAUGAGAGUUCAACCGAUCUCCGCGCUGACAAUGAGCUCAAACGCAUCAUCCUGUCCACGCUGAGCGGCACCGUAACUCCUACCAUCGCUGAGUCAAGCCGAGGGAAUGGGGGCACUACGCGGCAAGAAUCCCCAGCAUCGACCAUCGCCACGCCCAUUGACAACUACGAGCGCAUGGGACACAUGUCUUACUCCCAAGCUGCGCUCCAUUUUCUCCACGAGUAUCUGGUCGAUAAAUCCAGCCAGAAUGUCUUGUUCCGCGGCAGAUACCCGCACCGCCUGAACAUUGACCAGUUCGAAAAUGCCUUGCAACGAGUAGCAAGACGCCAUGAGGCCCUUCGCAGCGCUUACUUUGUUGCAUCCGACUCUCAAGAAGCCAUUCAGGGAGUAAUGACAGAUUCUGGAAUACAAAUUAUACGCAAAGAUAUCGACAGCGAAGAAUAUGUCGAUGCUGAAGUGCAGGAGCUUAGCAAGCACGUUUUCGAUAUCGCGAAUGGUAACCUCAUGGUAGUCGCCAUACUCUCGAUAUCGCCCGACCUUCAUCACAUCGUCUUCGUACAUCACCACAUCAUCAUGGACGCUCAAGCUACAGUUGUCUUCCUCACAGAGCUGACCUUGGCUUUCGCCGGGCGGCCUCUAAGCAACUCUCCUCCUCAAGCUAUCGAUGUAUGCGCCAAGACGCGGGCACAAUGUACACCAGAUAAACUGGCAGAUAAACUAUUGCACUGGAAAAAGGUCCACGAGCGGUAUCUUGGCCCGAUGCCUCUGCUUCCAUUUGCCAAGACUCAGAGCCGCAAGCCUCUUUCCGAUUAUGACAUUCAGACUUUCGACAUCAGACUGGAGGCCGACCUAUGUUCCAUGAUCCGGAAAAAGGCCUCGGAGCUUCGCAUCACUCCUUUCCAUUUCUACUUGGCCAGUUUUCACGCCUUGCUUGCUCGUUGUCUUGGUACCACUGACGACAUGAACAUCGGUAUAGUCGACUCGAAUCGUGGCUUAGAUGCUGAGCACACACAAGCCAUGGGUUGCUAUGUCAAUCUUCUCGCCCUACGAGUCAAUCUCCGUGAGAAUGAGAGUUUUGACAAGGUAGCACAACGCACUCGGGAUACCGUUCUAGCAGCUCUAUCCAAUGCCGGUGUUCCAUUCGAGCUUCUACUGGAUCAGCUCACGGUACCCCGCCACAGCAGUCAUCAUCCCUUAUUUCAAGUCACCAUGAACUACCGACUUGGUGUCCCAUCUUCUAGUCCCUUGGGCGAUGGGCAGAUUGAGUGGACCGGCGCGAUGCCUGCCAAGAACUCGUACGACUUGGAGGUUGACGUGUCGGACACCCCUCGAGGAGCUUGUGUUCUCUCUUUUACCACGCAGCGAUACUUAUACAGUGCUUCAGAUACAAAAAUGUUGAUGGGAUGGUACAUGCACAUGUUGAAAACAUUUGCGCGCGACUCCUCCAUACGAGUCAGCAACUGCCCCCUUGCCGAUCCAAAUGAGAUAGACAAGGCCAUCGAUCUAGGUCAGGGUUCUAAAGUCAAUAUCGAAUGGGAGGGCACUCUUGUAGAUCAGUUCGAAAGGAUUGCGGCCCAGUGCCCGAAUUCAGUCGCAAUAAAGGACGAUGACGGCAACCAACUAUCAUACUCUGAUAUGACCAAGACCAUCAAUACCAUCUGUCGAGGGCUUCAAACCCGCAACAUUCCGUCAGGGUCGAGAGUGGCUGUUUUGCUGCAUCCCAAUGCCGAUUCCAUAUGCACUCUUUUCGCCGUUCUCCGGCAGGGUCUGGUUUGGGUACCCCUCGACAUGCGUAACCAUCAACAGAGGCUCGCAGCAAUGGUCGUAGACUGCUCACCUCGUUAUAUUAUUCACUCUAAUACCACACAAGACGAGGCAGGAAAGCUCGUAGCCGCCUCUUGCAGGGAAGAUUGGGAACCUGAGCUUUUAUGCUUGGAGACGUUGAUGGCAUCUGCGACUUCUUCCCCUGUAUCAGACCAAACAAAGAAUUUGAGCCAGAGGCCUGCAGAAGCUCUUAUACUCUACACAAGUGGUUCGACUGGUGUACCCAAGGGCGUUAGUCUAACGCACAUCGGCCUUCUUAACCAAAUAUACGUCAUUCCUGACGUAGUAGGUGAGUGCCGGGUAGUUCUGCAGCAGACAUCUCAUGGCUUCGAUAUAGCUUUGGAUCAAAUCUUCAAUGCUCUUACCCGUGGUGGCACAUUGAUCGUCGUCGGUCAGCAAGGCCGAGGUGAUCCUGAGCACAUUUCCAAGCUCAUGCUAUCCGAAGGCGUGACCUAUACCAUGAUCGUUCCCUCUGAGUAUCAUCUGAUGUUCCAGUAUGGCUCUAAAUAUCUGAAGCAGUGUCGUCACUGGCGAGUUGCUCAUGCUGCAGGCGAGAAACUCACGCCUCGCCUUCGUCAGGCUUUCCAAGACCUCGGUCUUCCCGACCUGAAGCUAUUCAACGCUUAUGGCCCGACAGAAGCGUACAUAACCUGUGCCAGGGGUCUCGUACCUUACUCAACAGAUGAGGAUAUCAUGGCUGAAGCAGAUGACCUGAAGGUCUUGCCAAACUAUGACAUCACCAUCCUAGAUGAGAAUCUCGACCCUUUGCCGCCUGGCUUUCCGGGGGAGAUUUGCAUUUCCUCGCCAUACUCGGUCAGCCCUGGGUACAAUUGCAGGCCUGAGGAGACCAAACGCCAGUUCAUCGACCUGAAUGUUAUCCUCGGAGGCUCUGGGGCUCCAGGUAUUUCUACCUACCGAACAGGUGAUCUGGGUCGCUUAUCAUCAAAAGAUGGCACACUCAAGGUCCUAGGACGCAUUGGAGGCGACAGCCAGGUCAAGAUUCGCGGUCAGCGAGUUGAGCUCGAGGAGAUUGCUGAUACUAUUGUUCGCUGUUCUAACAAUAUCAUCAGCAACGCCGCUGUAUCCUGGCGUCCCGAUACUGAGACGCUUGUUGCGCUGGUCGUCUUCGCCAGAGAUACUGCAGAGGACGGCAUCGAAUGGACAACGAAUCAAUUACACGAGCAACUUCCCCUCCCGUCAUACAUGCGUCCCUCAGUGUGGAUUCCUGUUCCUGGAAUUCCGACCAACGCGAAUGGAAAGAUAGACAAGCGCGCUAUUAAUGAGUACCCCAUCCCAUCCUCUGAGCCACGACUCUCAAAGGUGUCGAAUGAGGAUCACCUCUAUCCUUUAUCCGAAUCUGAGAGACAAGUUGCGAUUAUUUGGCAACAAGUGCUCAGAAAGGAGGUAUUAGAUGUUGUAGAUUCCAAAACCGACUUUUUCUACCUCGGCGGCAACUCACGAAACCUCAUUGAGCUUCGCUUCUUGUUGGAGAAACACUUUGCGCCUGUCAAGAUCACGCUACCUCAGCUCUUCCAACACAGCGCUCUAGGUGAGAUGGCGGCGAUGUUUGCCCCUCCCCAUAAAUCCAGUCCGUCUUUUGGUUUAAAUAGUCAACCAGCACGUAUGGACUGGAAAAAAGAAGUAGAAGAUGCCUGCAAAGAAGCCCUGCGUUAUCAGUCCUCUGGAGAAGCCACCUAUCCGAUGCAGCAUGGCGAAACUGCUCACACAAACCCCAAGAGGCUGGUGGUGGUGCUCACUGGCGCUACCGGCUUCCUGGGAAGUGCUAUUGCCCAAUGUCUUGCCGAUAAUUCUCAAGUUGGUGAGAUAUACUGCAUUGCCAUCCGUGUUGCCAAUGACGGGACACGACGCGUACCAGUUCAGAGUGAUAAAAUUGUCGAGUAUGCUGGCGACCUGGAAUCACCCUAUCUGGGGCUUUCAAAGACCGAUUUCGACAACCUCAGCAAGCGUGCCGAUAUGAUCAUCCACAACGGCGCUCAGGUCUCUUUCCUUAAGACAUACCAGUCCCUUCGCAAAGCUAAUGUGUGUUCCACCAUUGAUCUAUGCCGCAUGGCGCUCGUCCGCUCGAUCCCCUUCCAUUUCGUCUCCUCUGCCGGGGUGGCGCUCGUGCCAUUUAUCGGGGACAACGCAGAUGGCCAGGCGGAGGGAGCACCAAGGCUCUCGCGGCAGUCUGCGAACGAUCGUAUACCCAACCCUGAUUCACAGAGCGGGUAUCAGGAUAGUAAAUGGGUGGCAGAACAGGUCUUGGAGGCGCUAUGUAGCCAGAGCGGCCUCCCCGUGACGAUCCAUCGACCGGCAAGCAUCGUAGGAGAGGGUGCACCCAAGCUUGACCUGAUGGCAGGGAUUCUUAACACCUCGAGAGUAUUGGGAAAGGUCCCCAAGCUUGAUGGAAAGGUUGGAGGAGUUCUUGAUUUUGUGUCCGUGCAAGACGUAUCAAGCCGGUUGGUCGAUGACGCGGUCAAUACAGUUAAUGGAGAUGGAACAAUAGUCAAGUAUGUGCACCAUUGCAACGAUACGAAACUUUGGCCCAGUCAGCUGAAAGAGUACCUCGAGGCACAAGAUGGUUCGAACUCAACUUACAAUGCCAUUGGCUUGGAUGAGUGGCUAGAUGCGGCGCCAAACGCGGGCAUGGAGCCACUCCUUCACGGAUUUUUAAAGGCUUCAUUUGCGGAAGGGAUCAAAAUUCAGAUGCCACUGCUAUUGUAA